ACACUUCAAUAACGUACCGUCUUUCCAUUUGCCCACAUGAAGUAGUGUCAGUGAUCUCCCUUUCACCAAACGCAGGUUAUCACAACACGGGGGCCCCCCCCGUCUCUCUCCGCAGUGUACCGUCGCAGGGAUGGAGCUCAACUUGUGCGGCUGAAGAGCACCAGAUGAAUACUUCAUCGGUGACCCACAUCGUGGCGAUAUCUGAGGCUCGGCGAGCGGAGCCCUGCCGCGUUCACAGCGCCGCUCCUCCGCUGUGCGCUCGGUGCGUGGGAUGCUCCGCGCGGCGCACCUAGCCCCCCCCAUCGCUCUCGUCCGCCCGGAUCCGAGUCGCCGCCCCGCUCUCCAUUACUCUUCCAGAGCGAGGAGAGGAAGGACAAGGGGAAGGGGAAACGGUGCACACCGAGGGAGUGGGCGACGGCGACGGGGAAAGUAACUGAAACACAGCACGGAGAAAUCAUCAAAGGGUCGCUUGCUUGGGACUCCAACCUGAAGGGAAGGACAUGUCUGAAGACUCCACUUUGCUGACCAUGUUCUGUCUUCAAGAGCAAAGAAGAAAAAGGAAACACUCAGUUGUUAUCAUUACAUGUAUCAAAGCAGGUUUGUCGGGGCCCAGCUUGAGGCAGUGAACCUUCCCCAGGGAAGGACAGCUUGGUCCUUACCUGAUUCUGACACCACAUUCUUCCAGAUCUCUUUCACCCCCAUCUUCUCAUCUUCCCUUGAUCAACCCACCUCCAAACGUCCCUGACUCAAGGCUUCCUCCUCCCUGUUCCCUCCCCUCUCCGGUGAGUCUCUCGUGGGGGUACUGAGACCAUGGCGGUGCCUUCAGCCCAUGAGUUUCACUGGCAGAACCUGGCACGACUGCCUAGUGGCCGCGUCUACCACACUCUAUCUGAGGUGGGGGGGCAGAUGUACAUGCUGGGGGGCUGCGAUGCUGCAGGAAGGCCAUGCCCCGGCCUGGAGCUCUACUCUCCUGAGGCGGACCGGUGGAUAAGUUUGCCCCCAAUGCCCACCCCUCGUGCUGGGGCAGCAGUGGCAGUUCUUGGAAAGCAGAUCCUGGUGGUGGGAGGAGUGAGUGAGGACCAGAGCCCCCUGAAGGUGGUGGAGAUGUACAACAUAGAAGAAGGGAGGUGGAAGAAAAGGAGCGCCCUGCGUGAGGCCCUCAUGGGGGUAUCCAUCACUGUGAAAGAUGGACGGGCUCUGGCUGUAGGGGGAAUGGGCGCUGACCUACUCCCUCGUAGCAUCCUGCAGCAGUAUGACCUUCGAAAGGAUGUGUGGGCGCUACUUCCUCCAAUGCUGACUCCGCGCUACGACGCCAACACACAUCUGCUGGGCAACAAACUCUAUGUGGCAGGUGGCCGUCAGUGUAAGAGACCAGUGAAGGCCUUCGAAGUGUACGAUGCAGAGACACGUUCUUGGACGACACUGCCCAUGAUGCCUUGUAAACGUUCAUAUGGAGGUGUGAUAUGGGACACAGCUGGGAGGCUGUGUCUGCUCGGGGGACUGCGUCAAGGAGGUCACCAGAGCUCCAAGUUCACCAAGAACGUCAACAUUUUCGACACUAAUCAAGGUGUGUGGUUGAAGUCGGAGGAGACAGUGGCACUGAAAACAAAGAGAGCUGACUUUGCGGCUGCUUUCCUGCGCGGCCGGAUGGUAGCGGCAGGAGGACUUGGUCAUGAGCCCUCUGCUCUGGACACAGUGGAGGCCUUUCAUCCUCAGAGGAAGAAGUGGGAGAGGUUGGCUCCCAUGAGCUUCCCCCGAUGCUCUGCCUCCUCCAUCAUCAUCAGAGACCGCCUCCUGGUGGUGGGAGGAGUCAACCAGGUUCCCAGCUCGGCCCAUGAGAUCCUCUAUGUGAAAGAAGAGGAGUGUGUGUAGUGACUGACACCAGAUCAGAUUCCACUUCCUCUUGUCCGUACAACGACCCUCCUGAUUCAGACUGUAGUGCAGUGUGUGGGAAGCAUUGAAAACAAUGGGAGAGAUGGGGUUUGCCUGAAUGUCCCUGACUGUGUCAUAUAGUGUAAGAGAUAAUGCUGCCCCCUGCUGGGCUGUACUGACACUGAGACCCACGUGGAAGCACGCAUGCACAACGGAGGAGCGGGCUCUUUCUUUACACCAACUCAUGUCUCCUGGUACUGUUAGUACGUUACGCCUCUGCGUUGUACGUUGUAGUGCAUACUUGGAGAGGAAGAUAUAUUUUGUAGCUAUCAUGUCUAGGAAUGUAGACAGAGAAUAUAUGGAAGCCUUUGGCCCAAUCCCAUUUCUCAUUUUUAACUUAUAGCGGCGAAACAGCACAUCAUUCUAGUUGAUAACGUUACAUAUGUGGCAAUAAUAUAACGCAUAACGCUAGCCUCUUUUUAUUUUUUGCAACUAGCGUUUUUUUCCUCAUGGCUUUUAUUAAGAAAAGUACCAUAAUACAUUGAAACGCCGAACAAAGGUUGUCACACAAAUUUGUGAGUUUAUUUUGUCGCCUUGGACAUUUUUUCAGCCAACUUGCCCCUGAUUUGCAAGGCAUAUCUCACAGCCCUCCGUUUGGAGUGUGGGUCUGAAAAAUCUCGUUUGGAGGGCCAGCUAGCCCUCUGCCUUAGCCCUCCCCUCGAUGCCAGAGGGAAUUGAAACACCCCUACCCCUACACGUGAACAUUAAAAACGAGGUGUAGGGGCAAGGGGUAAAAUGGGAUUGGGCCUUACUGCGUUUUAUGUCAUAUGUGCAUUUCAUGUUUAGUUUUGUGUCUUUGCAUAUGCUCUGCAGCACACAUAAUAAACACAGACAGUGUGAUUCCCACAAAGGGUUUCCGUUUAGUUUGACCAAAAAAAGCUAUAUACUCUAGCAAAGGAAAGUCAGCACAGAUGGGGAACAUUUAGUUUUAAAACUGUAUUAUAACAACAUUUGCACUAAGGCAAUCCAUGCUGAGUGGGGGUUGAUUUUAAUAUCAAUCAUUUCUAUUAUAAUUUAUUGUAAUAACACUGAGAAUCUUGUACUACCAUUCUUCUGUGGUAACACUGCACAUUUGUUAUUAUUACCAUAGAUAUAUUAAUGCAUUGCCUGUAUGAAAUGACAGCAUGCUGUUUGUUUCUGUGAUGUGUUCAAGUACCAGAAAUCUGGUUUAGGCAAAUCAUUGGAUUCUGUGUGAUUCUGAUUCUGAUUGUAUUUUAUUCCUGAAGCAAUACAAAUCCUUUUUUUUUAUCAGUGUUUCGUCUGUGCAAAGUGUGCUGUGCAAUGAUUAUCAUCACUUAAUAACUUUUUCAAUCAGGUUGUGAUACUAUAGAUUUGUAUUUGUGACUUGAGAGUUAUUCUACUAAGCAGUGUUAUGUUUGCUGCCGUGAUAGACAACACCACACCGGUAGAUAGAUAAGAUAGAUAAGCUGUGGAGUAUUCUAUGUUAAUAAUUCAUUUUUAUUUUAACAUGACCAAUCACUCUCUGUUCUGCCAUACACAAAAUCAAAUCAUGUAAGUUUGAGCAUAUGAGUCGUGUUUCAGUGGAAUAAACGGGAUCUGUGUUUUGUA